CCGGGGGUCCCGCCCGCCCCCGCUGCAGCUCGGAGUUACGGCGGAGUUUGCCCGGCCGGGGACAACUCGGGGCCGGCGGCGGAGUGCGGGGGCCGCUCUCCGGCUGCUCUCUCCCCCCGCCGCCCGGGGGGGUCGCGGCCGCCGCUGCCCCGCUUUGUGUCGGCGGCCCCGGCCCCUCGCUCCCGCUGCGGCCGGAGGGGCGGCGGGGCCCGGCCGCAGCGCCCCGCUCCGCCGAGCCCCCGGCCCGCAGCGCCGAGCCGAGCCCCGGCCCGUGACAGCCGCCCCCGCCUCCAUCCCCGCCGCACAAUGACCCCGCGUGGUUCCUCUCCCACUCUCCAGCUCCGGCCUCUUUCUCCUGCUGAGAUUGUUUUUGUUUUUACCUUCCCCUCCUCCACCCUAUCCCAUGCUUGAUUUUUUUUUUCCCCCGUUGCGGUGCCCCCCGAACCCCGAGUUCCCCCGAGCCCCGUGCGUGCGCUGAGAUCCUCCGCAGCCCCGGGUCUCUGUUUGGUGCCCCUGUUGUCCCGCCGGUGCCGCUCGUGUGUACCCCCCACCGGGGGUCUCUGCCUCGGGAUUCCCCCCAGCGGGCCCGGAGGGGGCUUCAGCCAGGGGGGUCCCGCGGGCAGCUCCACCAUGUCGGACAGUGACCCGGGGGACGAGGACGGCGCCACAUCCCCUGACCCCUCGCAGUGCAAGAGGAAGAGAAGGGGCAACCUCCCCAAGGAGUCGGUGAAGAUCCUGCGGGACUGGCUGUACGAGCACCGCUUCAACGCCUACCCCUCGGAGCAGGAGAAGCUCAGCCUCUCGGGGCAGACCAGCCUCUCCGUGCUGCAGAUCUGUAACUGGUUCAUCAACGCCCGGCGGCGGCUGCUCCCCGACAUGCUGCGCAAGGACGGCAAGGACCCCAACCAGUUCACCAUCUCCCGCCGCGGGGGCAAAGCCGGCGACGCGGCCGUGCCGCGGGGCGCUGCCGCCGGCCCCGGGGUGCUCGUGGUGCCGCCCGCGGGCGCCUCCAAGGUGCUGUCGAUGUCGGUGUGCCCGCAGGUACUGUGCCACCCGGCGCGGGCGCUGGCCGUGGUGAGCGCCCACAGCCCCGAGUGGGAGAAGCCGCCCGGGCCCGAGGCCGUGCCCAGGGCCGGGCCCGGCAGCACCCUGACCCUGCUGGCGCGGGCCGAGGCGGGCAGCCCCACUCCCGGACUCUUCAACACGCCGCCCCCGACGCCCCCCGAGCUCUUCGGGGACGACUUUAGCAGCUUCCAGCUGCUGGUGGAGGUGGCCCUGCAGAAGGCGGCCGAGCUGGAGCGGCAGCGGCAGGGGGGGCAGCUGCCCCUGGCUCCCCACGCCGAGCCCCCCGGAGCCUCCAAAUAACCCCGGGCUGGGUCCCGCAGGGUGCCCUUCCCCGGGGGGCCCGACCCGCCCGGCCUCUGCCUCACCCCCACAGCCCAUCCCGGAGCCGCUCCUGCCCCCGGGGGCUCAGUGUCUCUCGGCUGCCAAGGCGGCAGAGGAAGGCCGGUCCCACCCGCCAUCCUCCCUGGAGAUGCCCUGGCUGCCGAGGACGGUGCCCCGGUGUGAGCCCAGAGCUCAGCGCUGGCAGUGCCCUGUCCCUGCCGCGCCGCCCGAGCGGGCACGGGAGCUCCCUGGAAAACCUGCUGAUCUCCUCUCCUGCAAACAAGGGUCCAGCCAGCACCGUUCCUCCAGGAAGACAGAGAGAACCUGGUUUUUUUAAUGCCAGUGUUAGGACUGUGGCUGAAGAGCUUUGUCUCCCAAAUACCUGAUCCUUUCCCCCUGCCACCCUUCCCCCUCGGCCCCCCUUUUGUUUUGGGGACCUUUCUGUUUCCCGGUGCUGGCCAGGGGGCCUGCCUUGCCCUGGGAAGGGCAAAGGACAGAUGAACUGGAAACAUGGAGUCUGUGGCAUUUUAUCAUGGAAAAAAUAGGACCCUCCUCUUCCUUUUUAGGUUGUUCUGGAUGCUGCCAGUAGAAAUCUCUAUGGUGCUGUUUAGCAAGUUUUUUGUUGAAACAUUUUCCCUUUAAUUGUGAUUUAUGACAUGAUUAUUUCUUUUUUUCUUUUUUUUUUUUUUUUUUUUUUUUAAAUCGGUAAGCAUUUCCACACCUUCCCUGCGUUCCCCUCGAGUUCAAGCCGAAUGUGUGCACGCUGUGCCCGGAGCAGUGAGCGCGUGGCCAAGCCCGGGCACAGCUGAGACUGUGAAUUUUUUACCCGACUUCCUUUCCUUUUUUAUUUUAUUUUAUUUUUUCCAUAAAACCUUUGGAAAGAGGCGUGGUGCAGGCACGGCCAUGUGCGUCCUGCAAGUGCAGCGCGGGGUUCCUGGGAGGCGGCGGAGGAUGGAGAUGUCGCUCGCUGUCCCCUCCCCUCGCAGCGUGGCUGUGCGGUGCUGGGGACCUCUAGUGACAAACUGGCGGUGCUGGGGCGGCCGGGCCUGCGGUGCUCGGGGCUCUGGGGCAGUUUUUGGGCUCUGGGGCAGCUCCUGGCUGGCUGUCGCUUGCUGUCCCUCCCUGUGGGAUGUGGGUCAGCGCUGUGCCUGGCCCGGCAGCGCUAAUCCCCUCGGUGCCAGGGGAUCAGAUGGAGGUGAUGGCUGGAGGGGGUAAAGCCGCAGCACUGGGAGCUCUGCGGGGCGGGGGGAGAGCACAGGGUGGGGCUGGAAGGGAAGGACUGGUGUGUUCCCGCACCCCAUUCCUUCAGAGGCAGGUGCCAGGGAGGGGCUGCUGUGGGAGCUUCCCCAACAUCAUCACCUGGGCAGGGCAGGGGCCCUGUGCAGUGCUGGGGGCGCUGGGGCCCCUCGCUGCCCAUCGUCUGCCUCUCACCCCCACCUCCAUUUCUGUGUCCAGCCUUCCUUUGCCCUUUGUCUCCUUUCCCGGGAAAGUCCUCGAUUUUGGGACUCUCACCACAUCACCCUCCUGCGGCUCUGUCCCUUGCCCCGGGGGAGGGAGAGGCUGUUUGGCCUCCUGCUCUCUUGCCCCAGGCAAACCCAAGUGGUUUCCUUCCCCAGAGCUGUGCCUGUGCCAGGGGCUGGUGCUGCUGCCCUGGGAUGGACCAGAGAGUUGGGAGGGCAGGAGUUAUUGGAAUUAAAUUUAUGGAGAAAUAACAAACUACUGUAAAUAUAUUUUUGUUUUUCUAUUGUCAAAUAAAAGUUUUUUUAGUUUUGGUUGUUA